CUCGCCAUCAGGUGUCCCGUAAUGUCGUUUGUCCGUCGAAACAUGUCCCGAAUAGCUGCAAUCCGUUCGAAUCCGGUGGCUUCUAGUAGCCGUGCUGGAUCGUCUAGCUCCACCUCUGGACGGCAGCAACAUCACCAACGGUUCGAAGAUCACCAUACGAUGUUUGGAACGACGAUCGGCGAUAUCGAGACGGUGGGAUUCGAGCGGAUCGGAACGACUCAUGCUUCGUGGAUACAGCUGAUAUUUUCUAUGAUCCUGACGAUGACGGGAUUCAUAUUCGCUUAUCAUGGCUGUUACAGUGGAAACGAAUGUCCAGGGUACUACAUGGUGCUGUAUCUGAGGGCCCUGUUCUGGUUGGCCACCUACGUCAUUCAUCUCUACAUGAAGAGCAAACACAAUCGAUUGAAGCUCUUGGGGUAUCACAAAUUUCUUCGCAUAACUCAUAGGCAGAAGAAGGCCCCGCUUCAAUUGGUGUCGCUGUCGAAUCUGCUGAUUCUGACGAUCCACACUAUCAUCCUGGAGCUCUACGGGACCAAUUUCAUCAACGACUGCUACGUGAAAGGCCUGUCGUUGACCUUGUUUCUCAGUAUUUGGUGUCUCGUCGAAUGUAUGAUUCUGACCUACAUUCAUGUUACGUAUUUCGUCAAAGUACGUGUCUUCAACACAAUGCGGAGUCCACCGGACGCCCUGACUUCAGCAGAAAUACGUCGCAAUGCGCAUCACCGGGUGUCCGCCGAGGAAUUGAUCAACCAGCAGUUUCUGAUGAUUGUCAAAAUGAUGGACGACAACCGCCAUCUGCAGGACAAAAUCCGCGAAGUUCGCGCUGCGGCGCAUCUCAUCAACAGCGAGUCGACGCAUCUCUCGAUGGCCGAGCAAUCCCUGUUGGGAUUCUGAGUGAUUCGUUGUUUUCUUAUGCUUGUAAAAUUGUUUGUUUGACAACAAAAACGUUGGGGUUUCUUUUUGUUUUCUUUCCAUAUUAAACUUGAGGUUUUUCACGCGU